AUGUUGAGCUUGCAACUGUGUGAGAAGAUGGUUGGGAAUUCACUAGUCCAUGUCUCAACAAGCCCCGGCAUUUUUUCUUCAAAUCUGAUCAGACCAACUGGAACUGGGUCUGUGAAUUUUUCGCUAUGUCUACCUCCUAGACCAAGAAAAAAAGUUCUUAAUGUAAGAGCUUCUUCUACCGAGAUAGGUCACAGCCAACAACCCACUUCCUCUUCUGAACCGAAGAACCCCCUUUCAGUUGUUUUAGAUGUUCCUAAGAAAAUUUGGAGGCAAACUUUGAGGCCAUUGAGUGAUUUUGGGUUUGGUAGGCGGAGUAUUUGGGAAGGUGGGGUAGGUUUGUUUCUUGUAUCUGGCACGGUUCUCCUUGCUCUUAGUUUGGUUUGGUUGAGGGGGUUUCAAUUGCGGUCGAAAUUCAGGAAGUAUUUGGCUGUGUUUGAGUUUGCUCAGGCUUGUGGGAUUUCUACUGGAACGCCUGUUAGGAUUAGAGGGGUCACUGUUGGCAAUGUUAUCAGAGUUAAUCCUUCCUUGCGANCUUCAUUAAUUUGA